AGGGAUUUGGCGGCUUUGGGGAGGAAGGGAGCCAGGGUGUACCGAGGAUAGACAGCGGGAGUGAGUGGUGAGGGUGGGGGAGUGGGCAUACAGUGCCCUCCUUCAGCGGGAUUAGGAAUCUGGACCUUCACCUUCAUCUUUUCCAGCACCGCGAACCCUCUCGGGUACCAGACCCCAGACUGCGUGAAGGCGUGGGAGGGGACAGGAAUCUGCCCUGACUCAAGGCCUCCUCUGCCCGACCACAUCUGUGUCUAAGUGGGGGUGGGGAGGGCAAGCGGCAAGCUCCCCUUAUCAGCCAGGUGGCCGAGGGUGGGGAGAGGAGGCGGGGAAGGUUCCCCUGGGCCCGAAUGCGGAGCAGGAUGGGUCCAGUUUUAGAAUGACCUUUGGCCUGCAGCUCUGGGAGAACUUCCAGGCACAGACGCGGAGACACCUGCACCCCCUCCUCCCGUCCUGACUCGCCCUCACUGCCAGCUGAGCCUCUCUGAACGUGAGUUUUCCCAGUUCCCAAUUCCCAGGUGCAGCCAUGCUCAUUCCCUCAGGGACUUUGGCCACAGAUGAGGUCGGUUCUGAGCGGUUGGGCGAACAAACUGAGCUUUCACUGGAGAAAAAGUGGAGGUAGAGGCAGACAAUGUCAGAUUUGGGAGUGCCAUGAAGAAAAGAAAACGUGUCUGGUGGGGUGUGGGGUUAAGAGGCUAUUUUGGAAGGGAGAUCGGGGAGGGUGGCUCAAGUGUCCCGAGAUGAAGGGACAGCAGGGGAAAAGGAGUGGGGGUGGAAAGAGCAAUGUGCUUGGAGCAAGUGAGCGAGGGGGAGCCUGGGGAGAAAUGAAAUGACAACAUGGGCCCAGGAAGGAUCUGGAUUUCACUCUAAAAGCAGUGAGGGUUCAUGGGAGUUAACAAAGGCAGUCAUCUCUCUCAGCCAGAACUUACAGUGCCCUGGGCUUUCCCAGCGUUUUCAGUUGGGGCCAAGGGCUGCGGCCAGGCCGGAAUUUUCUGCCAAACCCAGCUGUCCAUGAUCCCCUCUGAUUCGCAGAGCCCUCCUUUGUAAAUCGGGGUUGGUGAAUCCUACCUCACAAGGUGCUCCCGUUCUAACUUGCAGCCAUCCUUCCCCACAAAAUGCCCGAGGGCCCUGAGCUGCAUCUGGCCAGCCAGUUUGUGAACAAGGCAUGCAGAGGGCUGGUGUUCGGUGGGCGUGUGGAGAAGUCACCCAUCAGCCGCAACCCCGAGGUGCCCUUUGAGAGCAGUGCCUACCACAUCUCAGCCUCAGCCCGAGGCAAGGAGCUUCGGUUGACACUGAGCCCCCUGCCUGGGGCCCAGCCCCCACAGGAGCCACUGUCCCUCAUCUUCCACUUUGGCAUGUCUGGAUCCUUCCAGCUGGCACCUAGCAAUGCACUACCACCCCAUGCCCAUCUGCGCUUUUACACGGCUCCUCCUGGUCCCCAACUCACCCUCUGCUUCGUGGACAUCCGCCGCUUUGGCCACUGGGACCUCAGCGGCGAGUGGCAAGCGGGCCGUGGGCCAUGCGUCUUGCUGGAGUAUGAACAGUUCAGGCUGUGUCCCUCCAGGGAGAAUGUGUUACGAAACCUAGCAGACAAGGUCUUUGACCGGCCCAUCUGCGAGGCCCUCUUGGACCAGAGAUUCUUCAAUGGCAUUGGCAACUAUCUGCGGGCAGAGAUUCUAUACAGGCUGAGGAUGCCCCCCUUUGAGAAGGCCCGCACUGUUCUGGAGGCACUGAAGCAGCACAGGCUGAGCCCUAAGUUGACCUUGAGCCAGAAGAUCAAGGCCAAACUGCAGAACCCAGAUCUGCUGGAGCUGUGCCACUCAGUGCCCAAGGAAGUGGUCCAGCUGGGGGGAUCCUGGACCUCUGGCACCGAAAGGUCCACCCUCCCCCAAGCAAGGCCCCUUCCGGGACAAGAAGGGCAUGGAGAGGCCUUCCUGAGCAAACAACAGCUCAGCAACCUGAGAGGACCAGCCUCCGAGACCCAAAAGUUCCCCCAGUCACUGAGAAAGGGAAGAGGAGAGGGCGAAGGGCAAGCUCAGGUGGGUCUUCCUGAACACUUUCCUCUGGAGAUGGAAGGGGCACCACCAAACGGGGCUUUCGGAAGGAAAGGAUGGCAGUACGGGCAGAGGUUACUUGUGGACAAAUGGGGGGAGGAAGGCUGUCCGGGCAAUUUUCAACCUGGGGUCUGAAUUGCCACCUCACCUGUUCUCCCCACAGGCUGCUGCAGACCUUAAAAGAUAAAGACUGACGUCCCAUCUUUGGAGCCUGAGGAGACCUCAGCCUCUUAGCAGGAGGAUCUCCUGGCUUGCACCUACCCCUUCCCACUGCCUUGCCCUGGAUCUGGGGGCUUGUGUGGCUUUCUAGAAGCAUGCACUAGGUUAAAGGGGCUAGAUGCCUGUGACCUUGUGGCUGUUCUCCACAUAACUAUGAUGCUUUUCAUUGUACCCACCAUCCCCAUUUUUCAAGCCCAUGUGAAAAAUGCUGUAUUUAAGAAAAUAUGAAUUGGUAAACGAGCUGGCUGCAGAGGGUUUGGGAUGGCUAAGUUAGUUAGGCCUGUUGCCUGACUCUGAGAAUAAGAGGCCAACUCCUCAGCAAGACAAACUGGGCUGUCUCAGUCCUCAAGGCCCUGGCUCUCACAGGAUAGUCUGCCUCUUCAGGGACAGCCCCUCAGAGGGCUGCAGAGGCCCCUCUCAGGAAGCCCAGGCUCCACAGCUUCUGCAGGCUAGGAUUCCUCAGGGCCUGGGGUUGCUCCCCAGCCUGGCCAGACCAGUUAGUACUCACCUCCUAGACGGGGCUAGCUGGAACCCACCCAGAUGCGGCCCUCUACCUGCUGACACACAGGAGGACUUCUUAUCUCCUGCUCUUAACUUGUGGCCAUCCAUAUCCCCACUCAUGGGGGCUACAACCUGCUGCACACACUGAUCACCUUAGAUUUUGCCCCUGCCCACAAAAGCCCAAGAAAGACUUCUCUCCUCAGAGCCGUAAGGCCUGGCCUUACGGAGAGAGAGCAGGAGUUACCGGAAGGGUUUCUGAGCCAAAGAUUUAUUGUUGCUUUGGGCUGGAAAAGCAGUCCCCAAAGCUUCCC